AUGGACGUGGACGUGGACGUAAACGUGGACAUGGACGUAGACGUGGACGUGGACUUGGACGUGGACGUGGACAUGGACGUGGACGUGGACGUGGACGUGGAGGAGGACAUGGAGGUGGACGUGGAGGACGUGGACGUGGACGUGGUCGUGGACGUAGACGUGGACGUGGACGUGGACGUGGAUGUGGACAUGGACGUGGUCGUGGACGUGGACGUGGAUGUGUACGACGUGGACCUGGACGUGGACCUGGACGUGGACGUGGACGUGGUCGUGGACGUGGACGUGGUCGUGGACGUGGACGUGGACGUGGUGGUGGACAUGGACGUGGACAUGGUGGUGGACGUGGACGUGGACGAAGACGUGGAUGUGGACAUGGACGUGGACGUGGACAUGGACGUGGAGGAGGUGGAGAUGGACGUGGAGGACGUGGACGUGGACGUGGUCGUGGACUUGGACGUGGACGUGGUCGUGGACGUGGACGUGGACGUGGUCGUGGACGAAGACGUGGUCGUGGACGUGUACGUGGACGUGGUUGUGGACGUGGACGUGGUUGUGGACGUGUACGUGGACGUGGUCGUGGACGUGGACGUGGACGUGGACCUAAACGUAGACGUGGACGUGGACGUAGACGUGGUCGUGGACGUGGACGUGGACCUGGACGUGGACGUGGACUUGGACUUGGACGUGGACGUGGACUUGGACGUGGACGUGUACAUGGACGUGGACGUGGACGUGGUCGUGGUCGUGGACGCGGACAUCGAUGUGGUCGUGGACGCGGAUGUGGACGUGGUCGUGGACGUAGACGCGGACGUGGACGUGGACGUGGACCUGGACGUGGACGUGGUCGUGGACGUGGACGUGGUCGUCGACCUGGACGUGGACGUGGACGUGGACGUGGACGUGGACUUGGAGUUGGACGUGGACGUGGACGUGGACUUGGACUUGGACGUGGUCGUAGACGUGGACGUGGACGUGGACGUGGAUGUGGUCGUGGACGUGGACGUGGACGUGGUCAUAGACAUGGACGUGGACCUGGACGUGGUCGUGGACGUGGACGUGGACGUGGACAUGGACUUGGACGUAAAUGUGGACGUGGACGUGGACUUGGACGUGGACGUGGACGUGGACGUGGACCUGGACGUGGACAUGGACUUGGACGUGGACGUGGACGUGGACGUGUACGUGGACGUGGUCGUGGACGUGGUCGUUGACGUGGACGUGGACCUAGACGUGGACCUGGACGUGGACGUGGACAUGGACAUGGACGUGGUCGUGAACGUGGACGUGGUCGUGGACGUGGACGUGGACCUGGACGUGGACGUGGACGUGGACGUGGACGUGGACUUGGACGUGGACGUGGACGUGGACGUGGACUUGGACAUGGACGUGGACAUGGACGUGGGCGUGGACGUGGACGUGGACGUGGACGUGGUCGUGGACGUGGACGAGGACGUGGACAUGGACAUGGACGUGGACGUGGACGUGGACGUGGACGUGGACGUGGUCGUGGAAAUGGACGUGGACGUGGACGUGGUCUUGGACGUGGACGUGGACGUGGAGGUGGACGUGGACGUGGAUGUGGAGGUGGAUGUGGUCGUGGACGUGGUCAUGGACGUGGACGUGGACGUGGACGUGGACGUGGACCUAGACGUGGACGUGGACCUGGACGUGGACGUGGACGGACGUGGACGUGGAUACGUGGACGUGGACGUGGACGUGGACCUGGACCUGGACGUGGACGUGGACGUGGACGUGGAGGAUGUGGACGUGGAUGUGGAUGUAGACGUGGACGUGGACCUGUACGUGGACUUGGACGUGGACGUGGACGUUGACGUGGACGUGGACGUGGUCAUGGACGUGGAAUUGGUCGUGGACGUGGACGUGGACGUGGACGUGGACGUCGAUGUGGAUGUGGUUGUGGACGUGGACAUGGACGUGAACGUGGAGGUGGACGUGGUCGUGGCCAUGGACGUGGACGUAGACGUAGACGUGGACGUGGACGUGGACGUGGACUUGGACAUGGACGUAGACGUGGAAGUGGACGUGGACGUGGACGUCGACGUGGACUUGGACGUGGACGUGGACGUAGACGUGGACGUGGACGUGGACGUGUACGUGGUCGUGGACGUGGAAGUGGUUGUGGACAUGGACGUGGACGUGGACGUAGAGGUGGACGUAGUCGUGGACGUGGUGGACGUGGACGUGGACGUGGAGGACGUGGACGUGGACGUGGACGUGGACUUGGACGUGGUCGACGUGGACGUGGACGUGGACGUGGUCGUGGACGUGGACGUGGACGUGGAGGUGGACGUGGUCGUAGACGUGGUGGACGUGGACGUGGACCAGGACGUGGAGGACGUGGACGUGGACGUGGAGGACGUGGACGUGGACCUGGACGUGGACGUGGACCUGGACGUGGACGUGGACAUGGAUGUAGACGUGGACGUGGACGUGGUCGUGGACGUGGACGUGGACGUGGUGGUGGACGUGGACGUGGACUUGGACGUGGUCGUGGACGUGGACGUGGACGUGGACGUGGACUUGGACGUGGACAUGGACGUCGACGUAGACGUGGACGUGGACGUGGUCAUGGACGUGGACGUGGACGUGGACGUGAACAUGGACGUAGACCUGGAAGACGUGGACGUGGACGUGGAGGAUGUGGACGUGGAUGUGGAUGUAGACGUGGACGUGGACCUGGACGUGGACUUGGACGUGGACGUUGACGUGGACAUGGACGUGGUCAUGGACGUGGAAUUGGUCGUGGACGUGGACGUGGACGUGGACGUGGACGUCGACGUGAACGUGGUUGUGGACGUGGACAUGGACGUGAACGUGGAGGUGGACGUGGUCGUGGCCAUGGACGUGGACGUAGACGUGGACGUGGACGUGGACGUGGACGUGGACUUGGACAUGGACGUAGACGUGGAAGUGGACGUGGACGUCGACGUCGACGUGGACUUGGACGUGGACGUGGACGUAGACGUGGACGUGGACGUGUACGUGGUCGUGGACGUGGAAGUGGUCGUGGACGUGGACGUGGUCUUGGACGUGGACGUGGUCGUGGACGUGGACGUGGACGUGGACUUGGACGUGGACGUGGGCGUGGACGUGGACGUGGACGUGGACGUGGAUGUGGACGUCGACGUGGACGUGGUCGUGGACAUGGACGUCGACGUGGACGUGGAUGUGGUCGUGGACGUGGACGUGGACGUGAACGUGGAGGUGGACGUGGUCGUGGACGUGGAUGUAGACGUGGAGGUGGACGUGGACGUGGACAUGGACUUGGACGUGGACGUGGACGUGGACGUGGACGUCGACGUCGACGUGGACUUGGACGUGGACGUGGACGUGGACGUAGACGUGGACGUGGACAUGGACGUGGUCGUGGACGUGGAAGUGGUCGUGGACAUGGACGUGGAAGUGGUCGUGGACGUGGACGUGGACGUGGACGUGGACUUGGACGUGGACGUGGACAACGAUGUCGACGUGGACGUGGUCGUGGGCGUGAACGUGGAGGUGAACGUGGUUGUCGACAUGGACGUGGAUGUAGACGUGGACGUGGACGUGGACGUGGACUUGGACGUAGACGUAGACGUGGACGUGGACGUGGACGUGGACGUGGACUUGGACGUAGACGUGGACGUGGUCGUGGACAUGGACGUGGACGUAGACGUGGACGUGGACGUAGAUGUAAACGUGGACAUGGACGUGGACGUGAACGUGAACGUGGAGGUGGACGUGGUCGUGGACGAGGUGGACGUGGACGUGGACGUGGACGUGGAGGAUGUGGACGUGGACGUGGACCUGGACGUGGACGUGGACUUGGACGUGGACGUGGACGUGGAUAUGGACGUGGACGUGGAUAUGGACAUGGAAGUGGUCGUGGACUUGGACGUGGUCGUGGACGUGGACGUGGACGUGGUCGUGGACGUGGACGUGGACGUGGUCGUGGACGUGGACGUGGAAGUGGUCGUGGAUGUGGACGUGGACGUGGUCGUGGACGUGGACGUGGACGUGGACGUGGACGUGGACUUGGACGUGGACGUGGACGUGGAGGUGGACGUGGUCGUGAACGUGGAGGUGGACGUGGUCGUGGACGUGGACGUCGACUUGGAAGACGUGGACGUGGACGUGGAGGAUGUGGACGUGGACGUGGUAGUGGACGUGGACGUGGACCUGGACGUGGACGUGGACUUGGACGUGGACGUGGACGUGGACAUGGACGUGGACGUGGUCGUGGACGUGGAAGUGGUUGUGGACGUGGACGUGGUCGUGGACGUGGACGUGGACUUGGACGUGGACGUGCACGUGGACGUGGUCGUGGACGUGGACGUGGACGUGGUCGUGGACGUGGACGUGGACGUGGACCUGGACGUGGACGUAGUCAUGGACGUGGACGUGGACGUGGUUGUGGACGUGGACGUGGUCGUGGACGUGGAUGUGGACAUCGUGGACGUGGUCGUGGACGUGGACGUGGACGUGGACAUGAACGUGGACGUGAUCGUGGACGUGGUUGUGGACGUGGUCGUGGACGUGAACUUGAACGUGGACGUGGACGUGGACGGGGUGGACGUGAACGUGGACGUGGACGUGGACGUGGACAUGGAUGUGGACAUGGUCAUGGACGUGGACGUGGACGUGGACGUGGUCGUGGACGUGGACGUGGACGUGGUCGUGGACGUGGACGUGGACGUGGACGUGGACUUGGAGGUGGAAGACGUGGACGUGGAGGUGUACGUGGACGUGGAGGUGGAGGACGUGGACGUGGACGUGUACGUGGACUUGGACAUGGCAUGGACGUGGACGUGGUCACGUGGACGUGGAGGUGUACGUGGACGUGGAGGUGGAGGACGUGGACGUGGACGUGUACGUGGACUUGGACAUGGCAUGGACGUGGACGUGGUCGUGGACAUGGACGUGGACGUGGACGUGGACUUGGACGUGGACGUGGACGUAGACGUGGACGCGGACGUGGACGUGUACGUGGACGUGGACGUGUAUGUGGACGUGGACGUGGACGUGGACAUGGACGUGGACCUGGACGUGGACGUGGACAUGGACGUGGACGUUGACGUGGACGUGGACCUGGACGUGGACCUGGACGUGGACGUGGACGUGGACGUGGUCGUGGACGUGGACGUGGACGUGGACGUGGUCGUGGACGUGGACGUGGUCGUGGACGUGGACGUGGACGUGGACCUGGACCCGGACCUGGACCUGGACAUGGACAUGGACGUGGACAUGGACGUGGAGGACGUGGAGGUGGACGUGGAGGACGUGGACGUGGACGUGCACGUGGACGUUGACGUGGUCGUGGACGUGGACGUGGACGUGGAUGUGGACGUGGUCGUGGACGUGGACGUGGACGUGGUCGUGGACAUGGACGUGGACGUAGACGUGGUCGUGGACGUGGACUUGGACGUGGACGUGGACGUGGACGUGGAAGUAGAUGUGGACGGGGUCGUGGACGUGGACGUGGAGGUGGACGUGGAGGUGGACGUGGUCAUGGACGUGGUGGAUGUGGAUGUGGACGUGGAUGUGGACGUGGACCUGGAAGUGGACGUGGACGUGGACGCGGUCGUGGACGUGGACUUGGUCGUGGACGUGUACGUGGACGUGGUCGUGGACGUGGACGUGGACGUGGUCGUGGACGUGGACGUGAACGUUGUCGUGGACGUGGACGUGGACCUGGACGUGGACGUGGACGUGGACGUGAUCGUGGACGUGGACGUGGACGUGAUCGUGGACGUGGACGUGGUCGUGGACGUGGACUUGGACGUGGUGGUGGAUGUGGACGUGGACGUGGUGGACGUGGAUGUGGAGUUGGACGUUGACGUGGACGUGGACGUGGUUGUGGACGUCGACGUGGACGUGGAGGUGGACGUGGUCGUGGACGUGGUGGACGUGGACGUGGAUCUGGACAUGGACGUAGACGUGGACGUGGACGUGGACUUGGAUGAGGUUGUGGACGUGGACAUGGACGUGGAGGUGGAUGUGGUCACGGACAUGGACGUGGACGUGGACCUGGUCCUGGACAUGGACUUGGACGUGAACCUAGACGUGGACGUGGACUUGGACGUGGACGUGGACUUGGAUGUGGACGUGUACGUGGACGUGGACGUGGAGGUGGACGUGGUCGUGGACGUGGUUGACAUGGACGUGGACGUGGUCGUGGACGUGGACGUGGAUCUGGACGUGGACGUGGACGUGGACUUGUAUGUGGACGUGGACGUGGACGUGGACGUGGAUGUGGUCGUGUAUGUGGACGUGGACGUGGACGUGAACGUGGACGUGGACGUGGACCUGGACCUGGACGUGGACGUGGACUUGGACGUGGACGUGGACAGACACUUGGACGUGGACGUGGACGUGGACGUGGACGUGGUCGUGGACGUGGACGUGGACGUGGACGUGGUCGUGGACGUGGACGUGGAGGUGGACGUGGUCGUGGACGUGGUGGACGUGGACCUGGACGUGGACGUGGACGUGGACGUGGUCGUGGACGUGGACGUGGAUGUAAACGUGGACGUGGACGUAGACGUGGAUCUGGACGUGGACUUGGACGUGGACGUGGACGUGGACGUGGACUUGGAUGUGGACGUGGACGUGGACGUGGACGUGGUCGUGGACAUAGACGUGGAUGUGGACGUGGACGUGGACGUGAACGUGGACGUGGACCUGGAGCUGGACGUGGACUUGGAUGUGGACUUGGACGGACAUGUGGACGUAGACGAGGACGUGGACGAGAACGUGGACGUGGAUGUGGACGUGGACAUGGAGGUGGAUGUGGUCGUGGACGUGGUGGACGUGGACGUGGACGUAGACGUGAACGUGGAGGACGUGGACGUGGACGUGGAGGACGUGGACGUGGACGUGGACGUGGACUUGGACGUGGUCAUGGACGUGGACGUGGACGUGGACAUGGACGUGGAUGUGGAGGACGUGGACGUGGACGUGGACGUGGACUUGGAUGUGAACGUGGACGUGGACGUGGACAUGGACGUGGUCGUGGACGUGGACGUGGUCGUGGACGUGGACGUGGACGUGGUCGUGGACGUGGUCGUGGACGUGGUCGUGGACGUGGACGUGGUCGUGGACGUGGGCGUGGUCGUGGUCGUGGAUGAAGUCGUGGUCGUGGACGUGGACGUAGACGUGGACGUGGACGUGGACGUAGACUUGGACGUGGACGUGGACGUCGACGUGGAUGUGGACGUGGAUGUGGUCGUGGACGUGGACGUGGACGUGGACCUGGACCUGGACGACGUGAACCUGGACGUGGACGUGGACUUGGACGUGGACGUGGACUUGGACGUGGACGUGGACGUGGACUUGGACGUGGACGUGGGGGUGGAAGUGGUCGUGGACGUGGUGGACGUGGACGUGGACGUGGACGUGAACGUGGAUCUGGACGUGGACGUGGACGUGGACUUGGAUGUGGACGUGGACAUGGACGUGGACGUGGACGUGGAUGUGGUCGUGGACGUGGAUGUGGACGUGGACGUGGACGUGAACGUGGACGUAGACGUGGACCUGGACCUGGACGUGGACGUGGACUUGGACGUGGACGUGGACAGACGUAGACUGGACGUAGACGUGGACGUAGACGUGGACGUGGUCGUGGACGUGGACGUGGAUGUGGACGUGGAGGUGGACGUGGUCGUGGAUGUGGUGGACGUGGAUGUGGACGUGGACGUGGAUGUGGACAUGGACGUGGACGUGGAGAACGUGGACGUGGACGUGGAGGACGUGGACGUGGACGUGGACUUGGACAUGGAAGUGAUCGUGGACGUGGUGGACGAGGACGUGGACGUGGACGUGGAUCUGGACGUGGACGUGGACGUGGACUUGGAUGUGGACGUGGACGUGGACGUGGAUGUGGUCGUGGACGUGGACGUGGACGUGGACGUGGACGUGAACGUGGAUGUGGACGUGGACGUGGACUUGGACGUGGACGUGGACCUGGACCUGGACGUGGAACUGGACGUGAACCUGGACGUGGACGUGGACUUGGACGUGGACGUGGAUUUGGACGUGGACUUGGACGUGGACGUGGUCGUGGACGUGGACGUGGACGUAAAUGUGGACGUGGACGUGGACGUGGUCGUGGACGUGGACGUGGACGUGAACGUGGUCGUGGACGUGGACGUGGUCGUAGACGUGGUCGUGGACGUGGACGUGGAUGUAGACGUGGACGUGGUCGUGGACGUGGACGUGGACGUGGUCGUGGACGUGGACGUGGACAUGGACAUGGAAGUGGACGUGGACGUGGACGUGGACUUGGACGUGGUCGUAGACGUGGACGUAGACGUGGACGUGGACGUAGACGUAGAGGACGUGGACGUAGACGUGGACGUUGACGUGGUCGUGAACGUGGACGUGGACGUGGAGGUGGACGUGGAAGUGGUCAUGGACGUGGACGUGGACGUGGAAGUGGAAGUGGAAGUGGUCAUGGACGUGGACGUGGACGUGGUCGUGGACGUGGACGUGGACGUGGACGUGGACUUGGACGUGGACGUGGACGUGGACGUGGGCGUGGACCUUGACGUGAACUUGGACGUGGACGUGGACGUCGACGUGGACGUGGACGUGGUCGUGGACGUGGACGUGGACGUGAACGUGGAGGUGGACGUGGUCGUGGACAUGGACGUGGACGUAGUCGUGGACGUGGACGUGGACUUGGACGUGGACGUGGACGUGGAAGUGGACGUGGACGUGGACGUGGACUUGGACGUGGACGUGGACGUGGACGUUGACGUGGUCGUGGACGUGGAAGUGGUCGUGGACGUGGACGUGGAAGUGGACUUGGACGUGGACGUGGACGUGGGCGUGGACGUGGACGUGGACGUGGACGUGGACGUGGACGUGGUCGUGGACGUGGACGUGGACGUGGACGUGAACGUGGAGGUGGACGUGGUCGUCGACGUGGACGUAGACGUGGAGGUGGACGUGGACGUGGACAUGGACUUGGACGUGGAUGUAGACGUGGACGUGGACGUGGACGUAGACGUGGAAGUGGACGUGAUCGUGGACGUGGAAGUGGUCGUGGACGUGGACGUGGAAGUGGUCGUGGACGUGGAAGUGGACGUGAUCGUGGACGUGGACGUGGAAGUGGACGUGGACGUGGACGUGGACGUGGACUUGGACGUGGAGGUGGAUGUCGACGUCGACGUGGACGUGGACGUGGACGUGGACGUGGUCGUGGACGUGGAGAUGGACGUGGACGUGGACGUGAACGUGGAGGUGAACGUGGUCGUCGACAUGGAAGUGGAUGUAGACGUGGACGUGGACGUGGACGUGGACUUGGACGUGGACGUAGACGUGGACGUGGACGUGGACGUGGACUUGGACGUGGACGUGGACGUGGUCGUGGACAUGGACGUGGACGUAGACGUGGACGUGGACGUGGACGUGGACUUGGACGUGGAUGUGGAAAUCGACGUGGACGUGGACUUUGACGAAGACAUGGUCGUGGACGUGGACGUGCACGUGAACGUGAACGUGGAGGUGGACGUGGUUGUGGACGUGGUGGACGUGGACGUGGACGUGGACGUAGACUUGGAAGACGUGGACGUGGACGUGGAGGAUGUGGACGUGGACGUGGAUGUGGACGUGGACGUGGAGUUGGACGUGGACGUGGACUUGGACGUGGACGUGGACAUGGACGUGGACGUGGUCAUGGACGUGGACGUGGACGUGGACAUGGACGUGGACGUGGACGUGGUCGUGGACGUGGACGUGGACGUGGUCGUGGACGUGGAUGUGGACGUGGACGUGGACCUGGACCUGGACCCGGACCUGGACGUGGACGUGGACAUGGACGUGGACAUGGAGGUGGACGUGGACGUGGACAUGGACGUGGACGUGGACGUAAACGUGGACAUGGACGUAGACGUGGACGUGGACUUGGACGUGGACGUGGACAUGGACGUGGACGUGGACGUGGACGUGGAGGAGGACAUGGAGGUGGACGUGGAGGACGUGGACGUGGACGUGGUCGUGGACGUAGACGUGGAUGUGGAUGUGGACCUGGACCUAGACGUGGACCAGGACGUGAACCUGGACGUGGACGUGGACUUGGACGUGGACGUGGACUUGGACGUGGACGUGGACGUGGACUUGGACGUGGACGUGGGGGUGGAAGUGGUCGUGGACGUGGUGGACGUGGACGUGGACGUGGACGUGAACGUGGAUCUGGACGUGGACGUGGACGUGGACUUGGAUGUGGACGUGGACAUGGACGUGGACGUGGACGUGGAUGUGGUCGUGGACGUGGAUGUGGACGUGGACGUGGACGUGAACGUGGACGUAGACGUGGACCUGGACCUGGACGUGGACGUGGACUUGGACGUGGACGUGGACAGACGUAGACUGGACGUAGACGUGGACGUAGACGUGGACGUGGUCGUGGACGUGGACGUGGAUGUGGACGUGGAGGUGGACGUGGUCGUGGAUGUGGUGGACGUGGAUGUGGACGUGGACGUGGAUGUGGACAUGGACGUGGACGUGGAGAACGUGGACGUGGACGUGGAGGACGUGGACGUGGACGUGGACUUGGACAUGGAAGUGAUCGUGGACGUGGUGGACGAGGACGUGGACGUGGACGUGGAUCUGGACGUGGACGUGGACGUGGACUUGGAUGUGGACGUGGACGUGGACGUGGAUGUGGUCGUGGACGUGGACGUGGACGUGGACGUGGACGUGAACGUGGAUGUGGACGUGGACGUGGACUUGGACGUGGACGUGGACCUGGACCUGGACGUGGAACUGGACGUGAACCUGGACGUGGACGUGGACUUGGACGUGGACGUGGAUUUGGACGUGGACUUGGACGUGGACGUGGUCGUGGACGUGGACGUGGACGUAAAUGUGGACGUGGACGUGGACGUGGUCGUGGACGUGGACGUGGACGUGAACGUGGUCGUGGACGUGGACGUGGUCGUAGACGUGGUCGUGGACGUGGACGUGGAUGUAGACGUGGACGUGGACGUGGUCGUGGACGUGGACGUGGACGUGGUCGUGGACGUGGACGUGGACAUGGACAUGGAAGUGGACGUGGACGUGGACGUGGACUUGGACGUGGUCGUAGACGUGGACGUAGACGUGGACGUGGACGUAGACGUAGAGGACGUGGACGUAGACGUGGACGUUGACGUGGUCGUGAACGUGGACGUGGACGUGGAGGUGGACGUGGAAGUGGUCAUGGACGUGGACGUGGACGUGGAAGUGGAAGUGGAAGUGGUCAUGGACGUGGACGUGGACGUGGUCGUGGACGUGGACGUGGACGUGGACGUGGACUUGGACGUGGACGUGGACGUGGACGUGGGCGUGGACCUUGACGUGAACUUGGACGUGGACGUGGACGUCGACGUGGACGUGGACGUGGUCGUGGACGUGGACGUGGACGUGAACGUGGAGGUGGACGUGGUCGUGGACAUGGACGUGGACGUAGUCGUGGACGUGGACGUGGACUUGGACGUGGACGUGGACGUGGAAGUGGACGUGGACGUGGACGUGGACUUGGACGUGGACGUGGACGUGGACGUUGACGUGGUCGUGGACGUGGAAGUGGUCGUGGACGUGGACGUGGAAGUGGACUUGGACGUGGACGUGGACGUGGGCGUGGACGUGGACGUGGACGUGGACGUGGACGUGGACGUGGUCGUGGACGUGGACGUGGACGUGGACGUGAACGUGGAGGUGGACGUGGUCGUCGACGUGGACGUAGACGUGGAGGUGGACGUGGACGUGGACAUGGACUUGGACGUGGAUGUAGACGUGGACGUGGACGUGGACGUAGACGUGGAAGUGGACGUGAUCGUGGACGUGGAAGUGGUCGUGGACGUGGACGUGGAAGUGGUCGUGGACGUGGAAGUGGACGUGAUCGUGGACGUGGACGUGGAAGUGGACGUGGACGUGGACGUGGACGUGGACUUGGACGUGGAGGUGGAUGUCGACGUCGACGUGGACGUGGACGUGGACGUGGACGUGGUCGUGGACGUGGAGAUGGACGUGGACGUGGACGUGAACGUGGAGGUGAACGUGGUCGUCGACAUGGAAGUGGAUGUAGACGUGGACGUGGACGUGGACGUGGACUUGGACGUGGACGUAGACGUGGACGUGGACGUGGACGUGGACUUGGACGUGGACGUGGACGUGGUCGUGGACAUGGACGUGGACGUAGACGUGGACGUGGACGUGGACGUGGACUUGGACGUGGAUGUGGAAAUCGACGUGGACGUGGACUUUGACGAAGACAUGGUCGUGGACGUGGACGUGCACGUGAACGUGAACGUGGAGGUGGACGUGGUUGUGGACGUGGUGGACGUGGACGUGGACGUGGACGUAGACUUGGAAGACGUGGACGUGGACGUGGAGGAUGUGGACGUGGACGUGGAUGUGGACGUGGACGUGGAGUUGGACGUGGACGUGGACUUCAGGGUUUAG